CCUUCUCCCCCUAAAAAAAAGUCUUUCCUUCUUCGAUCCCUCCCCACUCCCACCGGCUCCGAUGGACCCCGCACCGGCGCCACCGCCGCCGCUCGCGGCACAACUGGUCACCGGCGACGCGUCCUCGCCGGCGCUAUCCCACCUCCUCCGGUCCCUCGCUGCCGCCCGCAUCGUCGCCUUCGACGCUGAGUGGAAGCCACGCCGCCGUGCUCCUUCCGCCCCCAGCGACGACGCCUCGCCAGCUCCCCCUAAUCCGACGCAGUUGCCAACUGUUACGGUUCUCCAGCUGGCCUGCCGGGGAGAAGACGGGGGCAAUGAGGUGUUCGUCGUCGACCUCCUCGCCGUGCCGCUCGCCGACCUGUGGGCGCCGCUGAGGGAGCUGUUUGAGCGGCCCGGGGUGCUGAAGCUGGGGUUCCGGUUCAAGCAGGACCUCGCGUACCUCUCCGCCACCUUCACGGCCGCCCUCGGAUGCGACUCUGGAUUCAACAGGGUGGAGCCUUUCUUGGAUGUCACCAACGUUUAUCACUACCUCAAGGGGCAUGACAUGCAAAAGAGACUUCCAAAGGAGACCAAGAGUUUGGCUUCAAUAUGCGAGGAACUGCUGAAUGUCUCUUUAUCCAAGGAACUCCAAUGUAGCGAUUGGUCAUGCCGACCCUUGAGCGAAGGGCAAAUACAAUAUGCUGCAUCAGAUGCCUACUACUUGCUAUAUAUAUUUGAUUUGUUCCAUCAGAAGGUCAGCAUUGAAGAAAAAUGUUCACCGACAGCUGAAGCUUCAGAUGAACAUUGCUCACAAAGGGCAAGUGAAUGUUCAUCGUCAGGAAAUGACAUUUACUUUGAUGGGUAUUCGACAUCCAUCAUCACGAAGUACAGUGACAGGAUUUUGUUGACAGAGUCAGAUACAAAAGCCCGUUCCUCAAGACGAAAAGAAAAGCAAAAGCUGUCGAGUGAUGCCAAGUGCAAAGAGAAGUUUGAUUACAAUACUGAAUGGAUGGGUCCCCCUCCAUGGGAUCCUUCUGUUGGUGGAGAUGGAUACCCAAAGUUUCUGUGUGAUGUGAUGAUUGAGGGUCUAGCUAAGCACUUGAGAUGUGUUGGACUAGAUGCCGCCACUCCAUCUUGUAGGAAACCUCAACCAAGGGAAUUAUUAGAUCAAAUCUACAAGGAAGGAAGAAUAUUACUAACAAGAGAUGCCAAGCUCAUAAAGUAUCAGUAUUUGGCGACUAAUCAAGUAUACAGAGUGAAAAGCCUGCUCAAACAUGAUCAACUGGCUGAGGUGAUUGACACCUUCCAGUUAAAGAUCUCUGAGGACCGAUUAAUGUCGAGAUGUACAAAGUGCAACGGAAGUUUCAUUCAGAAACCAUUAACGCUCGAGGAAGCCAUAGAAGCCUCCAAAGGUUUUCAGGUCAUCCCCUCAUGCCUUUUCAACCGAAAUAUGGAGUUCUGGAAGUGCACUGACUGCAACCAACUCUACUGGGAGGGAACUCAGUACCACAACGCAGUUCAAAAAUUCAUGUCAGUCUGCAACAUUAGUGAGUGAGCAUUGCAGCAUUUCAUUCUCAAGACGCUCAUGUUGUUUUGUAUGUGAAAUUCAACAUGUAGUAGGAAACUGCUCUUUCAAUAAUGUCACCAUCUAUGCCUUCGGACAAAUCCCAGUCGCAAUUUUACUUUAUGAUGUACAGUCUACAGUAUUUCAUAUGGUAGUACUCCCUCCGUCCGAAAAAGCUAAGCUUGUCCCUCAAAUGGAUGUAUUUAGCACCAAGUUAGUGCUAGAUACAUCCAUUUGAGGGACAAGCUUUUUCGGACAAGCUUUUUCGGACGGAGGGAGUAACACAUAUGCAAAUCGUAUGGUAGUAACACAUAUACAUUGAUUACCGACAA